AUGCCUGAUAUGCAGCUUAUUUUUGCCGAUCAAACUAUACCUCGAUGUCUUCAAAAAUCACUGUUUUUAGCGGGACCAUCACCACGAGAAAAGGAUGUCCAUGACUGGCGACGUGAUGCUUUAGAAUUUCUUCAGCAAGCCCAAUAUGAUGACUUAACUGUUUUUAUACCUGUUCCUAAAGAACGUUUUUAUCUUAAACAUGAAAAUGAUCCUUCAUGGACUUAUGAUAAUCAAAUAGAGUGGGAAUGUCGAUGUCGUCAAAUUGCUGAUGCAAUUGUAUUUUGGAUACCUCGAGAUAUUCAAGGUGGAAUGCCAGCCUACACAACAAAUAUUGAAUUUGGUGAAGAUUUACAUUCAGGAAAAAUUUUCUACGGAAGACCAGAUAAUGCUGAAAAAUGUCGAUAUUUGGAUAAACGUUUUGAAGAAAUUAAACAGCCGGUUUUUACCACUCUCAAAAGUCUUUUAAAGUAUGCUGUCGAACAACUUGGCAAUGGUGCAUAUCGUGAGAAUGGUGAAGUAUUUGUUCCUUUUUUCAUUUGGAAUAGUUUACAAUUUCAGUCAUGGUAUACGAAUCUUAAACAAGCGGGAAAUCGUUUGGAUGAAGCGAAAUUGGUACAUCAUGUAAAAUUUAGACCCGGUUACGACAGUAUUUUUUGCUUUAUACUUUCGGUGAACAUAUGGGUUGAAUUAGAACAACGCCAUAAAUCAGAUGAAUUUAUUUUUGCUCGGAAAGAUAUUAGUACCAUUGUGGCUUAUUAUCGAGAUGUGGAUGAUCAUGAUGAGAUUAAACUAAUUUUGGUUAAAGAGUUUCGCAGUCCGGUGAAUAAUCACAUUGGUUUUGUGUAUGAAUUACCUGGUGGAAGCUCUAUGACAGCUGGUGAUAAUGAUCCGCAAAUGACUGCAAAACAUGAGAUGGAAGAAGAAACAGGUUUAACUGUUGAUGAUAUUUCGCGUUUUCAAUAUGUUGGACAACGACAACUUGUUGCUACUUUAUGUUCACAUCAAGCACAAGUUUACAAACUUGAACUCAAUCACCAUGAAUAUCAAAAGCUUCUCGUGUAUGCUCAAGAUAAGAACGUCACGUUUGGUGUAAAUGAAGAUAGUGAAAAAACCUAUAUAGAAGUUGUUAGCUUAUCUAAUAUUAAGAAUACUCCUUUGGACUUUUCCAUGUUGGGCAUGAUUUAUCAAGCUCUUUAUUGA